AUGGCCCCUCCUAGCGUUUUGAUGGUCGGUACUGGCGAGUACACCACCGGCUUCGUCGGCGGUGGUGCAUCCGGAUCAGAUAAGAAGGUCGGUGUCGUCGGAUUGUCUCUCUUCGAUCUGCGCCGACGAGGCAAGGUCAGCGAACUGAGCAUGGUCGGCGUAUCGGGCAAGAAGUUCCCAGGAAUCCGUGAUCAUCUGCACAAGAACAUCUGCCAAGUCUACAAUGGCCUCGACACAUCCUUCGCCUCCUUCCCAGCAGACGACCAAACCGACCCAGACGCCUACAAGACGGCUAUUGACGCCCUCCCCAAGGGCUCCGCCAUCACCAUCUUCACUCCCGACCCAACCCACUUUCCAAUUGCGCUGUACGCCAUCGAGCGCGGCAUUCACGUCAUGAUCACCAAGCCCGCAACCCAACGCCUAGAAGACCACCUCGCCCUUGUGGAAGCAGCCCGCAAAAACGGCGUCUUCGUUUUCAUCGAGCACCACAAACGCUUCGACCCCGCAUACUCCGACGCACGCGCAAAGGCCCGUACCCUCGGCGACUUUAACUACUUCUACAGCUACAUGAGUCAGCCUAAGAGCCAGCUUGAGACUUUCAAGGCGUGGGCGGGUCGCGAGUCCGAUAUCUCGUACUAUCUCAACUCGCACCAUAUCGAUAUCAACGAGAGCAUGGUUCCGGAUUACAAGCCUGUUCGUGUAACCGCUACCGCCUCACAGGGUACAGCUGCGGCCCUCGGAUGUGUUCCUGAGACAGAGGAUACAAUUACCUUGCUGGUUGAGUGGCGUCGUCGCGAUAACCCUGCCAAAAUUGCGACGGGUGUCUACACUGCUAGCUGGACGGCUCCUCAGAAUGCGGGUGUUCACUCUAAUCAGUACUUCCACUAUAUGGCCGCCAAUGGUGAGAUUCGUGUAAACCAGGCGAAGCGUAGUUACGAUGUUACUACUGAUGAGCAGGGCCUAAUCUGGGUGAACCCAUUCUACAUGCGCUAUGCCCCUGAUGAGGAGGGUAACUUUGGUGGCCAGACCGGAUACGGCUAUGUCAGCUUUGAGAAGUUUAUUGAUGCUGUCACAGCCCUCAAUGAGGGUCGUGUGACACUUGACCAGCUGGAUGCUCGUCCUCUCCCUACUUUGAAGAACACAAUUGCCACCACAGCUAUCCUCGAUGCUGGUCGUCGGUCUUUGGAUGAGCGUCGCCCCAUUGAGAUUGUUUCAGAGGGUGAUAAGUGGGAGCUUAAGUAA